AUGCUUCACCUGUUCAAGGUCAGAUCCUUCACUCCUCCAGGGCUCUCGCUGCAAUAUGUCAAGAAACGGUCUUAUAGCGACUUGGUCAACGAAAGUGAGCCCCAGCACGUUUCCAGCAAACGCUCCAGAACGGCUCCUCCUUCGCCUCCGUCGGCUCCAGCUACUGCGGUGCUUCCGCCGGCCACUUUGCAGCCAAUAGCCCCAAAGAAGAUCGAGGAGCCCGUUUCGGUUUCUGCCCCUGCUCCAGUGCCUCAGCAAACUUUACUGCAACAAACACUCCCUGAAUCAAAACUGACUCUCCUGCAGAAUCAAGUUCGUCUUCCCAGCCUCUCGACGGCAUUGGGCCGCAGACCCAUAGUGCCCACAGUGUCGCUUGACUACUUCGAUACAUAUAAGCCAAACGACGAGAAUUGGCGGUAUGGGCUUCUUGACUCGAUCCGCUCGUCAAAGCCUUCUUUCAGCCUCAAUAGCUAUAGUUAUCUCGAGGCCCACGCCCAUAAUGCUAAUGCUGCUUCUACAAAUGCACCUGCUGCCAGUGCUAAUACAAAUUCAAGCACUGCCGCUGCAGCUGUUGCUCCUCCUUCAUCCGCUCCAGUCAAACUACCGCCCAUCAGCGAACUCAGCAGCGGUGUUGUAAAACCACAGUUCGACUCCCGCAUCAGCGCCAAGGCGUUGCCUACGCUAGCUGAGCGCAAGAUCAACUUUCCUUACGAGUCAAACUACACCUACCUUAAUAAAACAUAUAUGAACGACGUCGAGCGGUACCCGGAGUACUUGGAGUUGGCACAGUCGCUCAUACAGCUUUCGAGGCCCCACGCCGGCGCUGGCGCUGGCCCCAGGCCCCAGAGCGACCCCCAGCAUCUCCAUCACCAGAGCCAUCAGCAAAUGUACUUGACGUCGCCCUCUGCGUCGAGGUAUGUGCCCAUAAAUCCUGCUCCUUUCACUCCAGACACUUCAUUCACAGAAAAACAGCCAGGUGCAGAGCCCACAUCGCCCAAGAAGAAAAACAAGACGAAAUUCAUCCCCAUCACUCCUCCCUCGGUCAAAGAUAAGACUCGUGCCGAGUUGAUGAGGUCGCCUCCCCAUCAUCACCACCAGGUGAGAGUUUGCAUCUCAUGUGGCAGUGACCAGUCGCCAUGCUGGAGGCCGUCUUGGUCAGUCAAAGAGGGCCAGUUGUGCAACUCUUGCGGGCUUCGGUAUAAGAAGACAGCAGCACGCUGCCUUAACCGGAAGUGCAAGAAGAUUCCAGCCAAGGGCGAGUGGUCUUUGAUGCAGUCAAAGGGCAAGACCGAUUUUGGCGAUGGCGACAUUGCCUACAGCUGCUUAGACUGUGGCUGGAAGAUUGAGGUGAAGAACCAGGGGUGA